AUGAACAACGGCACCGACCCCGUCCCCAUGGACAUCGACAACGCCCCCGAGCCCUCAACCCGCGCCUGCCACAAGUGCCACAUCGCGGAAGCCGCCCUCUCACGCCCGCUCUCCCACUGCUCAAAGUGCAAGACCACCCUCUACUGCUCCCGCGCCUGCCAGCGCGCCGACUGGAAAGCCCACAAGAAAGUCUGCCGCGACGAGACCAACUCCAGCAACGGCGACAAUGCGAACACCAACAACGGCGUCGACGUCGCUCGCGACACCUCCGCUGCCGCGGUCGAUCCCUCCCUCCUCGACCCCGAAACCCUGCCCUCGACCUUCCUGAAGGCCUACCUCCUCCGCCUGUACGACGAGCACCGCUUCUUCGACGACGACCGCGACCGCCGCAACCGCCCGCCCGUCGACACGCUGCUCUCCAGCCAUGGCAACCCCCUCCGCGACUACCGCCGCUUUCUCGACCGCGCCGAGGCCGCUGCCGGAGCUGGAGCCUUGGCACUGCCGUGGUGGUACUGGGUUCCCGCCGGUGGUGGCAAGAGCGGCGGCAAGAGCGGUAGCAGCAAGGGCAGCAGUGGCGGCGGCGGCGGCGGCGGCGGCAGUGAUGGUGGCAUUAGCGCCGUGAGGCAGGCGUGUGAGGACUUGGCCAAGCACGGCGGAAGGGACGUCGAAAAUUCGACGGUCGUGGCUAGCUUGUUCGAUAGCAAGUCGGACAUCACGUCGGGGGAUGUCGUGUUGGAAGAAGAAGAGACGCUGAAGACGUUGAGGGAACUGGCGGCCAAGAUCUGCGGGACGACGGUUGUGAACAGCGAUGAAGAGUGUGAGUAG